GCGAAGCCAGUAGCGAGUCACAUUGGAGAUUUACCCCCGACGAAGGCGUAUCAUGGAUGCAUGGGCAUCGCAAAGCCAACCGAGUGGUUUCAAAUUGCAAAGGAGAGGAGAGACAUAGACGUUUGUAUCAGGAUAAAGUCAACGCUGGUGGAGACCAGUCUCUGAAGGAUUAGGGACUCGUUGGGGAGGGCUGCCAACGCGCCAAUACAAGAUCAGUUGAGCCUCAUCGUCUGACGUCUGACUUCAAUCACAAAGAUGCAGGAAGGCAGCCCUGGUCGGCGGGGUAGAGCUAGGAUCACGGCCGAGGAGUACAACCACUCACUCAGCAAACUCGUCAGUGCGAAGAGGAGGGUUAAGCCAAGUCGUAAGGCGGCAUUCAUGGCCGCCUUUCCAGUCAAAGCCUCGCCAAGACUCCAUUCUGACGAAGAUGGAGCAUCCGUCCUGCCACUGAAAGAGGCUUCAGUAACUCAUCCUGAGCACAGCAAAACUGCAACAACAGACGAUACAACCAGCAAAACUGAAAUGAAAAGUCCCGUUGAAGUGAGACGGAAAUUGCAGGUGUUUGUUCGAGGUCUCCUCUUACCAAAGACAGUUUGCCUGCAAUUAGAUCCGGAGACAUCCGUAUCUGAUUUAAAGGCAUUGAUUCAAAAUGAAAAUGGCAUCCAGUCUCAAAAUCAACACCUUUACAUCGGGAGAAACUUUCAGCUGUGUGACCUACUCUCCCUUUGUGAUCAUGGAAUACAACAAGACCAGAACAUCGAGCUUCGCAUCGGUGGCUUGUUGGGCGGUGCACCAUUAGAGGAAGAACAGUUGAGAAGCAUAUACUUCUUAAACUUGUCAGGCCGGCUUGGACGACAGUGGAAGACGCUCGCCAUCUAUUUGGGAUUCUUGGAUGAAGAACUCGACGCAUUCGAAUACGGCAGAGAGGAGUUAAAUCAGCAGAGCUUCAAGAUGUUAAAUACCUGGUGGCAGAAACAGGACAACCCCGCAGACGCGGCUGAGAAGCUGAGAGACGCCCUGAAAGAUACGGGCCGUGCUGACUUGGCAUUGCAAGUCAAUGUACAAGGCAUCCCAGGACAUCGUUUUGACGUUGAACAGUGUGCAAAAGAAUUGGCAGCGCAUUACCGAGAGACGAUGAAAGUGGCGACAUACCCAUCAGCGAGACACAUGUCUAGAAAGAUGGAUGACAUGUACAUCAACCCAAAGCUAGAAGAAGAGACUAACAUACCAACGCCUUUUUCCGCGGUAUCGGAGACAAAGAUGCAGGCAGAGACAGGCAUGCAAUCGGAGCAUCCGACAGCAUCGCAAAGAAGUACUCGUAAUCCUUCAAAAUUACAACCUGAAAGGAGAAAAGGGUUAAAAGUCCAAAAAAUUUCACUAGACUCCUAUGAAGACAUGCUUGUACUCGAAUCAAAUCGAUUAUUAAUCAGAGCUGAGGCGGGUUACGGAAAAACCACACUUCUUAAAAAGAUUGCUUACGAUUGGGCUGAUCUAUAUCUGAAAACCAAGAAGGAUCCCAAUGAAAACCAACCAAAACCUGAAACCACAUCAGUUCUGGGAAGGUACAAGCUUGUCUUUGUGGUCGAGGUCAAUCGAAUGGGCAAGAAAUUGGACAUCAUCGACGCCAUUUUUACUCAAAUUCUCACAGACAGGAAACUGAAGAAGAAAUUUUCAGAUUUGGAAAAAUACAUCAAUGAAAACCCAGAGAGCGUUUUAAUUAUGUUAGAUGGCGCUGAUGAGAUUUCCUUGCAAAGAGUAAAGGAUGCACAGUGCGAAGACGGAAUUGACUUGAACGAUGAGGCGGCAUAA